AUGUAAAAUGAUGCCAUCGAUUAUUUGACAAUCUUCACAUCAUUAACAAUAUUCAAAGCAUUUUGUUCAGGUGUGCAUCGUUAUAAGGUUAAUCAGAUGCCAACUUCACAUUACGAAACCGAGUCAACUUUGGCUACUCUAAUGAAAAUACAGAUGUAAUUCAAUUUUCUACUCCUGCAUUGCACCUUGUUCUUUAAACACUUGGACAAUGUUUAAGAAAUAGGCAAAUUCAACUUAUUCUUAUUGAUUUCGACUUGCCUCUAUGCUCUGACUUUAAUGCUGACGGAUUACAGAUGGCUCUUAAAAAUAUAUAGAUACGAGAAUCAUAUCCUCAGAGAAGAUUACCCUAUAGUAGAGUUCUUAGGAAUUCAAGUCUUUAUGAUGUUUGGAUGUGCCCUGCUAAUCACUAUUUAAUGGUUCACAAUUCCAAUUCUAUCGGAUCUUAUGUAUCAACUUCUAUGCAUUUACAAAAUCCCAUAAAUCAUUAAAUGUCACCAACACAAUCAAAUGCCCAACAUCACUUAUUUCUGCUUUCUCGAGGAUUAUUGCAUUUUGAUUUUUUUCUCGUACUAUCGAGGUUGCCCCAUCAACAUCUUCAAACUUCAAGACAACUUGGGAAUUUGCAUAAGCGUAGCCAUUUUCAUUUGCAUUCAACAGUGCAUCCUACUUUAUUAGUUUCAUGUGAAACCCCAACUGUAUCAGACUAAGUCUCAAGUUGAGGAAUUCACCAAUGAAAUUAGGGAACAAAACAUUUAUUCAAAUUUUGAUGAUCUGGGCACUAACAACAACCUUGAAUGUGCCAUUUGCCUUCAAGGCAUUGAAAUCACUAAUCCCUUAUAAAUUUAACUCAAUCCCGAAGAUCCAAUUGUAUUGACUCGUUGUUCACAUAAGUUCCACGAGAGUUGUCUGAUUGUUUGGCUCAAAGUCAAAAAGCAAUGCCCAGUAUGCAGACACUAAUUCUGA